GAGAGAGAGAGCGAGCAGGAGGAGGAGGAUUCACUAUCACGCUUGAACAUCAUUCUGUGUCAUACUGUAAUAAGAGUCGGCGGUGUCUCCCUGAUCACAGUGUGUACCGCAGCGAAAAGAGGCGUAGAAGACAGAGAUGUCUAGCACCGAGGAAACAAUCGUGGCUGCGGGAGAGCUUGUGUCAGCAAGGUUUUCCGUGGUGGACUACGUCGUGUUCAGCAUUAUGCUGGUGGUGUCUCUUGGGAUUGGCGUGUACAGCGCAAUCCAGAGUCGAGGGCGCGAGUCUACUCAAGAUUUCCUCUUGGGCGGGAGAAACAUGCCUCCGUUUCCAGUGGCAAUUUCUCUCUUGGGUGGAAUAUUUUCUGCAAUAUCUAUAUUAGGCAAUCCAACGGAAGUGUUCUACUUCGGGGCCCAGGUCAUGAUGACCAUAUUUGGCGUGAUUCCCGCCAGCAUUCUGGUGCAUCAAGGGAUCCUUCCCAUUUUUUAUAAUCUUGGCAUCCUCUCACUCAAUGAGUACGUAGAGGUGCGUUUUAAUUCUAUCCUGCUGCGAAAGCUAUCAACGAUGUGCCAUCUCCUUACUAAGUUUUUUUAUAUGGGAAUUUGUCUUUAUGCUCCGUCGCUCGCCUUGUCCACCGUGACUGGCCUCUCAUUGUGGGGAUCCAUGAUCAGCAUGGGCACCGUCUGCACCAUCUACAUUACUAUCGGCGGCGUGAAGGCCGUGGUUUACACAGACGUACUUCAGACGAUGCUCAUGUUCGUGGGUGUGUUGGUGGUGGUGGUGAUGUGCUGCGUCGACGUCGGUGUGGUCAACAUAUGGACAACAGCGAAGGAAGGUGGUCGGCUUGAAGUCUUUAACUUGGAUACAAGUCCUUUCACACGUCACACUCUCCUCUCAACAAUAAUUCUCGGCUUCUACGUGACCUUGAAUAUUCUGGGACUGAACCAGGGCUGCUACCAGAGGCUCGCUUCAGUCAGCACCUUGCAUAUUGCCCAAAGGCUGGUUAUUUUCUUCAUGUUGGGCAUGACUGGGAUGUGGCUUCUGUUCUACUCCUCUGGUGUUGUGGCAUACGCCAUGUACCGUGACUGUGACCCCCUUACUUCGGGUCGCAUCGAAAAACCAGAUCAGAUUCUCCCCUAUUUGGUGAUGGACAAACUGGGACACUUCACAGGACUUCCAGGCCUCUUCGUUGCAGCUGUCUACGGAGGAGUGCUCAGCUCUUUGUCCACCGCCGGGAAUGCCAUUGCAUGUUUGAUGUGGGAGGACCUGCUGCAGCCGCUGCCUUUCUUUGCCAAGAUGUCCGACACUGCCUCCACCGCCAUCUGCAAACUGUUGUCUGCAGUGGCUGGUCUUUCUGGAAUCUUCUUAGGGAUGCUCGCUGGAAAACUGGGGAAUGUGUUCCAUGUUACAUCUAGUGUGUCUGGAUCUAUAUUGGGGCCGAUGCAGGGAAUAUUCAUUACUGGCAUUUACGUUCCUUGGGUCAACUCAAAGGGUAUGCUGGUGGGCUUCUUGACGGCCUUCUGCUACAACGUCACUAUUGUGAUAGGAAAAUUCCUGCGAGGAGGAGGGUCUCCCAAAAGCUGCCGCUCUCCACGGCGGGAUGCCCCGAGAAUACCUUCCAUUUCGCCAACACCAGCACUGCUGCCAUCCUGAACACCACCGUGAUGCCUGAACACCUAAUGCUGCACACCUCUGCCUUCCUGGAGGACCUGCACCACAACACAACGCUGCACCACGGAGCCUCGCCUGGGCUGGAGGAAAAGUCUUUGUACGACAUCUCUUACUGUUUCUUCGGCAUCAGCGGCAUCAUCAUCACUAUGGUUGUGAGCAGCCUCGUCUCUUUGUUUACAAGUCCUCUGCUUCCCGGGGAGGUGGAUGCUCGACUCGUCAACCAAACGAGUGCGAAAAUGUACGCUUGGGUGUGGAAUAUUUUCUUUGCCUCUAAGGAUGAGCCAAAAGAUCUUGUUAAUAAAGAAACCAGCAUUCCAAUGUUGACCAAGAACCAAAACGUUUAACCUUGUCUGUAGAAAUGACGAUACUGCACAGGGCGUCCUCACGAUUUGGUGUAAUGAAUGAACAUAAUAUCACUGUAUACAAUCAUUCACGCAGGAUGGUCAAGUGACGCUUGUGCAGAGGUGGUGGUGGUGGUGAUGGUGUUAUAGUUGUUUGGUAUGGUAUAGAGUAUGGUGGUGGUAGUGGUGGUAUGUUAUGAUGGCUGUGUGGUGAUGAUGGCAUUGUGGUGUUGUUGGGGUGUGGUGGUAGGGGUGUUGGUUGUGGUAUUCACGCUACACUUCCACAAAGUCAAUUGGUGUGUAUGUAAGAGAGAGAGAGAGAGAGAGAGAGAGAGAGAGAGAGAGAGAGA